AUGGCACGACAAGAAGCAUUCACGAUAGGAAUGGAAAGCUUUCAGACGAUUGCGUUCUGGGAAUCAAUAGUAUCUCGGAGCAAGGCGUUGGUGGGACAGAGCUACUUGGAUAUGUCCAUUCAAAGAUCUGUGGAGUGGAGGAGUAGCUCGCAAUGGGACGGUGUGAUUGAAUGGACCGGGAUGGUGGGAAGCAGUUGCUGGAUACAAGAUCGAGAAGAGAUUGUUGAAUUUUUGACAAGACAAAGUGAGAUACGACUGUAUGUGACACCGAGCGGGCAUGUGGCUUCGACUGUUGAGCUGACUAGCCCUGUCAAUUCUCAUAAGAGAGCGUUGGUAGUUGACUUAUCACGCUUUUCGACGGCAACCGACGGGUAUGUCACAGCCGUUGCUGAAGCGACAGGUCUUUGGGGUAAGAGUGUGACACCGUGGUAUCUGAGAGACAGGGUCGACCCCGAUAACGACCAGAAAGGAGAAAUUUCAGAGGAAAAGCUCAUUUUCACGUAUGAAGCUAUGAAGAGAGAGCAUGUUGCCCGUUCAUUUCUGAUAUGGGUAGGACUGCCGGUACUCGUUCUUGUAUUGGCAGUGGCCAUGUCAGGCGUUGUCCGCGUGUUGUUCCUAGUAGUUUUGGCCUUCAUGGGGCUUGUGAUAAUAUCUCAUUUGUUUCCCCAUUUCCCACUCCAUUUCUCACCCCGAUGGCCUUGGGUAGACGAACAUGACGUUGGGGAAGCUCUAUUCGACAAUCUACUUUUGCACUGCUUGUUCCGUUCAGGCAUCAAGACGCAUUUCCGACUUUUGAAAACCGUUCCGUACAAUCAGAUCAAGUGGAACUAG